AUGGAUCUCACCGCCCCCGCCACCGCAGAACCCGAGCACUUCUCUCCCGCUUCCCAAGUCUCUUCAGUCGCCGCCACCCUUGCCUCCCUGAUCCGCACCUCAAAGCACUUCAUUGUGUACACGGGCGCAGGCGUCUCUACGUCCGCGGGUAUCCCGGACUUCAGGGGCCCCGAGGGCGCGUGGACGAAGCGCGCGCAGGGGAAAGAACUGGAAUUUGAUGGGAAUAAGACGCUGACUGCGGUGCCGACAGCGACGCACAUGGCGCUUGUGGCGCUGCAGGAGAGAGGGUUGUUGAAGUAUGUGGUUAGUCAGAACUGUGAUGGGUUGCAUCGGCGGAGUGGGAUUUUGCCUGAUCGGAUAUCAGAGCUCCAUGGAAACAGUAACAGAGAGUACUGCAAAGACUGCGGAAAAGAGUAUAUACGAGACUUCCGCGCCGUCUCAACCUACGAGAAGUCCUACUCAGACCACCGCACGGGGCGCAAGUGCGCAGUCCCUGGCUGCAACGGCGCCCUCCACGACACUAUUAUCAACUUCGGCGAGCAGCUCCCCAAAGCAGCGAUGACGCGCGCAACAACGCACGCCAAAAAGGCGGAUCUGUGUCUCGUGCUCGGCUCCUCCUGUCGCGUCUCCCCCGCAAACUCCAUCCCCGAAUCGGUUGGCCGGAGCAAGAAAGGGAAAUUAGCUAUCUGCAACCUGCAAGACACACCACUUGAAGACGUCGCCGAUAAAGGAAUCCGCAUCUACACCCGCACUGACAACCUGAUGACGCAGGUCAUGGCGAAUCUAGGCAUCCUCAUCCCGCCCUUCCUCCUCCACCGCCGCCUCAUCAUCUCCAUAGCGUCGCAGAGUAGCGACCGCCACCAGCUCACCGUGACCGGCGUCGAUGUUGACGACACGCCUGCGUCGUUCCUGCGCUCGGUCAAAGUAGAAGGAAGUAGGAGGGCGGUGCGGACGGAGCCGUUUAUGUUGGGAAUCCGCGAGGAGCUGGAGGAAGGAGCGGAGGUGAAGGUCGAGCUGGAGUUCAUGGGGCACUAUGGCGAGCCGAAUGUUGUUGUAGCACAUGCGUAUCACGGAGCGGCUGGCGGUUCGAAUGUGUACGGUUUGGAGUAUGAUGUUUGGACGAAGGCGUGGGAGGUGAGGAGGGUAUGAGUGGUGUGGAUUCGCUUAUUGAGCCGACGAUGAGACUCGUGUAGGGCUGGGCGGGAUCGCGAAAUGGGCGAUAUUCAUCCAUUAUUGAGCGACGUCGAGGUCUCAUUGCCUUCGAAGCUGAGCGUCAGCGCUCCCAUACUCCGCAUAUGAUGGAGGAGAGUAUGCCAGCAGCCAGGAACAGUUUCCAAUCCAGAAUGGUAGGCCAU